UUCCUUCAGUGGGCAUUGAAGUCAAAGGGGGUGGCAAGGGGGCACUGAAAUACUUUGUAGAUAGCUUACCAAUCACUUGGAAGAUUGCCGUGUCCUUGAAGGACAUUGCUGUGUGCAAAUGGAUAGUCGCAUAACACAAGUCUGUUAUUUUCCCUGCACCCAUGGAGGCGUGCGCUCCGAUUGGUUGCUGCGCUAUUAUUGAUAAUCUUUUCUGUAAAUGGCAAACUAUUUGAACUCAUUCGCGGUUGGCACUGAUUCUACUGCCGAGGUCAAUAUCACCUAACUCGUGUCGCUUCUAGGAAGACGAAACACAGCUUUUCAACUAUUCUACUGGGUGGCAGAAUGAAAGCACAUUACAGCUAAUUAGCCAAUCAAAUUUUUGCCACUUGUCUGAGCGUCUUAAAAUUAUCGCGAUAAGGUAAAACCUGUGAUUCCAUCAGGGUAUUCGAGCGACAGUGUAAAAAUGGCCUCAUUGAGAAUGAAAAGAUGCAGGCAGUAUAGCAUGGACUAUUUGCGAUAUGGCUUUAUUCAAUCUCCAUCUAAUAAGCAGUUACCACUGUGCUUGCUCUGUGAACAAAGUUUUUCCAACGAGGCCAUGAAACCUUCCCGUCUUUUUAAAUAUUUAGAAAAUAAAUAGUGACAGUGACAAAAGGGACAAAGAUUUGGCAUAUUUUCAAACAUUAAAAGAAUAAAUUCAAUCAGCAACCAACAACUUCCAUUGCUUUUUCAAAGAUGGGAGCCACAAAUGUGGAUGGCCGUGUGGCAUCAUACAACAUAGCGAAGCUAAUUGCAAAGUGUGGUAAACCUCAUUCCGUGGGUGAAUUGUUGGUGCUUCCAGCUAUUGCCGAAGUAUUAUCAACCGUGCUACAUCAGGAACCAUCAAUGACUAUUAAGCGUAUUCCUCUUAGCAACGAUUCCGUGAGAAGGCGCAUUGAUGAAAUGGCCUCAAACGUUGAGGAUAAAUUAUGUUCUCUGUUGAUAUCGAAAGAAGUCGCCUUACAAAUUGAUGAAAUUACUAUAUGCGAAAAUCAAGCUUUACUUUUGGGGUACGUACGUUUCAUCGACAAAAAUGAAAUACGAGAAGAACUACUUUUUGCAUUGAAUCUACUGACAGAUACCAAAGGUAAGACUAUCCGAGACUGCAUCAAGGAUUAUUUUGAUAAAAAGUCUGUUCCCCUCAAAAACAUUGUUGCUUAUGCUACUGAUGGCACACGUGCUAUGACUGGCUAACAUCAUGGAUUUGUCGCAUUAUUAAAGAGAGAAGUGUCACAUGUUUUCACUGUACACCGCAUUACCCAUCGGCAGCUUCUGGCUGCAAAUAAACUUAGUGAAUCCCUCAACCAUUCUCUACAUAUGGUGAUAGAUGUGGUAAAUUGUAUAAAGAAACAUGCUCUGAAUGAACGAUGUCUCCGCCAACUCUGUAAAGAUAAUGAAGAUGAAUUUCUGUAAUUGCUGCUACACACAGAAGUGAGAUGGCUCUCGAAGGAAAAAGCCUCAAUCGUUUCCAUGAACUGUUCGAUUCUAUCAUCGAAUUGCUACUCGGAAAUAAUGAAAACCUUUGUAUGAAAGCCGAAACUGUAAAACACGACUGUGCAUACCUCGCGGAUAUAUUUGAUAAGUGCAAUUCGCUGAUCAUGCAGAUACAAGGAGAUAAUGAGAGUUUCAUAAAAGCAAGGAAUGCUGUUACAUCUUUUAUUGCAAAACUUGAUCUCUUUCAUUGGAAUAUCAGUCGUCUUGACUUUUAGCAGUUCUCAAGUUUAAAAACUAUCGCGGAGGAUGUUACUGAUCGUCAAUUACUUAUCUACUCAGCUCACAUUCAUGCACUGCAGGAUGAUAUGAAAAUACGAAUUGCUGAUCUUAUCGAGAUGGAGAUCCCUACAUGGCUGACUGACCCCUUUAUCUCAUGCGCAGAAGAAAUGGACAUUCGCCUUCAGGAAGAAAUGAUAGAAUUCCAAAAUGACACUGCAAUGAAAAUUCGGUUUUCGCAAAUGGGUGAGCCCCUUUUUUGGAUUCAAGAUGCCACCCGAUGUCAUUUCCCGCUAUUAAGCGAAGAGGCAAAGCAGUUUGCACGACCAAUUCCUACCUCUUAUUUGGUUGAGAAAGGAUUC